UGCAGAGAGAGUAGAUGGGCUCUGUUCGGUGGGCUUUUCACUGUGGGUCGUGGAAACCGUGCAGGUCCGACUGGCUGUUUGCUGCUCGGUGUGUGCAACCGGAAGAGAAAGACAGAAUCGGAGAGUUUUUGUUUGCAAAAGAUGCCAAAUCAGCCAUGGCUGGCAGGCUGCUGCUCAGGAGGUUUGUGUGUGAGAAGAUGCAGAUUCCCUGGUCAGAGAUCCGACUGGGAAGAUCUCCGAGAGGGAAGCCUUACCUGGCUGCACCACAGGAGGUGUGUUCAGAUUCAGGCUCUGAGUCUCGGGACUGGAGUUUCAACCUCUCCCACCAGGGGGACUAUGCUGUGCUCGCUGCAGAGCGGGGGAUGCAGGUCGGCGUGGAUAUCAUGAAGACCACCAUGCCAGGUACCAGCUCUGUGCCCGAGUUUUUCCGCAUCAUGACUCGUCAGUUUACCGCGUACGAGUGGAGCGUCAUCCAAUCAGCCGGCUCGGAGCACCUGCAGCUCGCCGCGUUCUACCGCCACUGGGCUCUGAAGGAGAGCUUCAUUAAAGCAAUCGGCACUGGGCUGGGCUUCAAUCUGCAGCGGGUGGAGUUUCACCUUCCCUCUGAACCAUUGACACAGGGCCGGGCAAUGCGCCAGACGAAGAUGCAUCUAGAUGAAGAGGAAGAAGUGGACUGGAUAUUUGAGGAGAGCUUGCUGGACGCUGACCAUCAUGUUGCUGUGGCUCUUGGAGCGGCAAACAAACCAGGCUCUGCACCUCUUCCUUCAUCGCUCCCUCCUCCCACCACUUUCACGCUGCUGUCGUUCAGCGACCUCAUUGCUUCAGCCUCGCCUUUGACAGAGGAAGACGCCGCCUACUGGGACAGCUUCAAGACGAAGAACGAGGCACCACAGAGACAGAGAGAUACACACACAUCCACGACUGUCUCACACUGACACAAACCACAAACACGCAACUUUCUAAAGCUGCUUUCUCAUUCAACACAAGUCCAGUCAAGUUUAUUUAUUAUAUGCAAAAUCACAGGUUUGUCUCAGUGGACCGAAGAACCUACACAGCAUGUCGACUUAACUUUAUACAUCUGAUACAGACUCCAAAAUCCUGUUCAGCCCAUCCAAAAACUACGGCUCAGUGGACUGAUGUGCUGUGAAGUACCUGACUUCCUGUGAUGAUCUGUAUGAA